GGGAGAGGAGGGACAGCAAGCAGCACAGAGAGCCAGUUUGUUUUCAGAAACCAGUUCACUGCAGCUUCUCUGCCAGACAUCACUCACCCGUCCACCUUCACACUCUCUCGGACACAUUUGCUCUCACUGUACGACAGCUGACUACACCUUUUCAUUUUCUCAGCGGCAGCACAGACUCACUGCCAGAUUCAAAAAGGAAGAAAAAGCCAGAAUCGUUUCGUGCUGCAGACACACCAGCUCUGAGGCGGCUGGGUCGAGGCUGGAGAGGGUGACUGGAGAAUGGAAUGGAACCUCAGAAGGAUGGAAAGUGAACUGAGGCACAUCAACCCGGACCUGCUGCAGCCCAGCAAGAGCUUCAAGAAGCCCUCCUCAGGCACCAUCACUCUGAACGUAGGGGGGUUCCUGUACACCGCACACCGGACCACCCUUUCCAAACACCAGGGCUCCUUCCUGGAAGAGCUUGCCAAUGGCAAGAAGCCUGUUCAGCACACUGAUUCCAUGGGCAACCCAUUCAUCGAUAGAGAUGGUCCGGUUUUUCGCCAUGUGCUCAACUACCUCCGAACCGGAGAGCUUCAGCUGCCUGACGACUUCCGCGAGGCUGGGCUCCUGCGCCGGGAAGCAGAUUUUUACCGCCUGAGUGAACUGGUGGAAGCCGUUGUCGAGUGGGAAAGUCAGAGGGCGGCACAGCGGGAGGCAGCAUUUUUGGAGGUGACAGACAGCCAUGAGAGGUCUCAGGGCCUCAAAGUGUACUGCAGUGACUCCGCCUUCAUCGACAAGGUCAAAGGCCGGCUGGUGCAGAUCUCCAAGAGCCGCCUGGACGGAUUCCCAGAAGAAUUUGAGGUGUCGUCCAACGUGAUCCAGUUCCGACACUUCAUCAAGUCGGAGCCGGGCUCGAGGCUCGUUCUGAAGGAGGACAGCACAUUCCUGUGCACGCUUGACUGUUUGAAACUAGAGACAGUGAUGCUCGCGCUGAGAUCCGGCUUCAAGAUGGUCACCAGCCUCGACAGCAGCAAAGGCUCUGUGGUGGCAGCGGAGGCCUUGCACUUUGUCAAGUAGGGUACAGAAACAGAAGGGAGAGGAGGAAAGGGGGAGGCAGAGAGGGAAAAAGUAGUGCCUAAUUCAAUACCCACCCCGCUAAAAUAAGUUAUUGGCUUGAAGAUCUUGUAACAUGUGCUGAGCUGUAAUGUAAUGUAAUGCCUCCCCCUUUACAUUAGGUGGAAGAAGGAGAAGAGGCGGGUUGGACUGUCUCCCUGGACUGUGUUUAUAUCUUUAAAUGCACAAGGCUGGCUUACACACAAUGUUUCUUUGAUAGCAGCGGGUGAAUUGACCUCUACACUGCUUUGUAAGCUAGUAUUUAGAGAAUUCAGAAUGAUCUAGAUCAACUUUACGUCUGAUUAGAUAUGACACCUAAAAUAUGAAAUAUGGAAGACAAGCCAACAGUAAACUUUCCAUAAGAAAUGCUAAGGUAUCCAACUGAGAGGCUGAACAUCGCUAGCUCAGUGGAUCAGUCUCUGCAUAAGAACUGCUUCUGCUGCAAAAGCCUUAAGACCAGCCGUGCUGAGCACAGUUGUGCCAUUCAGCUUUACUACAGUCUGUGCCUGUGUGUAUGUGUAUGUAUGUGUUGCUCUACUCUGUGUGUGCUGUGUUUAGUGCAUUUAAUAGUUAGUGUAUUAGCCUCUCUGGAGCUUGGAGGGAAAACCGCAGUGCAUUUAGGUUUGUUUUUGGAUGAACUAACAAACUUCCCCUCCAAAAAUCAGAUUUAACAAACUGUUUCUCAGAUCAAGUAGAGUUUAAGUGCGAAGAACCGUGAUUAUUGUAAGGGCUUUGAAUCUAGCAUGAUGCAUGUGCACUGAAAAAACUGUGUGUUGGUUAGUGCUGUGAGCCUCUGUGAAGUCACAAUAAUGCCUAUUACUUUUCAUUGUGAAUAUUUUACAAAUAAAGUAAACUAUUGAAAAGUG